UCGGCGUACCCGGAAGUGUCAAGAUGGCCCCAAGUGGACUGAAAGCUGUUGUCAACGAGAAGAUCAUCAGCGGAGUGAUCAAGAGUGUGAAGAAGGAUGGAGAAUGGAAGGUGCUUAUUGUGGAUCACAUGAGCAUGCGCAUCCUCUCUUCCUGCUGCAAGAUGUCCGACAUCAUGGCAGAGGGAGUUACAAUUGUGGAGGACAUCAUGAAGCGCCGAGAGCCCAUUCCCAGCCUGGAAGCCAUCUACUUCAUCUCUCCCGUGAGAAAGUCCAUCCAGAACCUGAUCAAUGACUUCAAGGACUCUUCCCUCACAUACAAAGCUGCACACAUCUUCUUCACUGACACUUGCCCAAAUGAACUGUUUGCUGAGCUUGGGAGGUCCAAAGUGUCGCGAGUGAUUAAGACGCUGAAGGAGAUCAACGUGGCGUUCCUGCCCUACGAGGCACAGGUCUUUUCUUUGGACGACUGUAGCUCUCUGCACUCGUUCUACAACCCCACAGCCAAUCAGGACAAGAGUAAGAUGAUGGAUGCUCUGGCCGAGCAGAUCGCCACCCUCUGUGACACGCUGAAGGAGUACCCUGCCAUCCGUUACCGCAAGGGCCCGGAUGAGAACUUGGCCCUGGCUGAGAUGGUGUUGGACCGCCUCAAUGCCCACAAGGCUGACAACCCCAGCAUGGGAGAGGGCACUGACAAGGCUCGCUCCCAACUGGUGAUCGUUGACCGAGGCUGUGACCCCAUCUCUCCCCUCCUGCACGAGCUGACCUUCCAGGCCAUGGUGUACGACCUUCUGGAGGUCAACCAGGACAUCUACAGGUACACCACCUCGGGCAUCGGAGACUCCAAGGAGAAGGAGGUUCUUCUGGACGAGGACGACGAGCUGUGGGUGCAGCUCAGGCACAUGCACAUCGCCGACGUCUCCAAGAAGGUGACUGAGCUGUUGCGUACGUUCUGCGAAAGCAAGAGGAUGAGCACAGACAAGGCCAACAUUAAAGACCUGUCUCAGAUGCUGAAGAAAAUGCCUCAAUACCAGAAAGAGCUCAGCAUGUACUCCACCCAUCUGAACCUGGCCGAUGCCUGCAUGAAGACUUUCAAAACCAAGGUGGACAAGCUGUGUGAGGUGGAACAGGAUCUGGCCAUGGGCAGUGACAGUGAGGGCGAGCCCCUGAAGGAUGCCAUGAAGAGCAUCGUGCCCCUGCUGCUGGACACAGACAUCAAGGCCUACGACAAGAUCCGCAUCAUCCUCCUCUACAUCCUCCACAAGAAGAAAGGCAUAGCUGAGGAGAACCUGACAAAGCUGAUUCAGCAUGCUAACGUGCAACAGGACAGCAGCAUCAUGACCAACAUGCAGCUCCUGGGAUGCCCCAUCAUCACUGGGGGCCAGAAUGCUGGUGCCACUCUGCCGGAGAGGAAGGAGCGUACGGAGAGCACCUAUCAGCUGUCCCGGUGGACACCCGUCCUGAAAGACGUCAUGGAGAAUGUCAUCGAGGACAAGCUGGAGAGGAAGCAGUGGCCCUUCCUGUCUGACCCCGCCCCCAUCUCCACCCAGCAGACCGCAGUCAGCAGUGCACGGUUUGGACACUGGCACAAGAACAAGUCGCCCACAGAGUACCGCAGUGGCCCACGGCUCAUCGUGUUUGUCAUUGGGGGCAUGACCCACUCUGAGAUGCGGGCAGCCUACGAGGUGACCAAGGCCACUGAGGGCAAGUGGGAGGUUCUGAUUGGCUCAUCUCAUAUCCUCACCCCUACUGGUUUUCUAGACGACCUGAAGAAUCUGGACAAGACACCGCAGAGCGCUUAGAAGCAUCACUUUUUAGAGUAGAGAACUUGGGUCAAAACACUGGGAAGAUACUGGGAAGACUCUCAAGGAGUAUGAAGGCCACUCUUGCUCUGAAGAAAAUCUGUGAAAUGCUUAAGUUGAUGAUACACACAGGACAUCUUUUUGAGCAAUGUUUCUCUGCAAUGAUGCUAUACGAUGUUGUUUGGACUGUUAAUCACUCUGACACUUUUAUCAGGAAAACUUAGAUCAGCAGAGCACAACUUUUUCAAAACUAUUUCAUCAGAAGAUUCGCAGCCAAUCAUGAUGUUGCUCGACAACUUUGCUCAAAAAGUUACCCUGUCUAUCGUAACCCUCAGCCUUUUAGAUAUAAUCAUGGAUAGAUAGGAAGUUCACAGAUGAUUUGUCUUUCACUGUCUUUUAGAAUAAACCUAUAUUUUUAAUACCUACAGUAAAAGAAAAAUAAUGUAUAUAUUGUGUGAUUGCUAAUUAUAUUUAAUUUAAAAAUAUAUGUUCUGGAAAUAUAUCAGAGGUUGUUGUUCUGUAGUGUGUGAAGAAGAGUACUGUUUUCCGAUCUGCUGUUUUAAUAUUGUGUUUGCCUGUCUUACUAAUCAUUAUCUUUUGAAGGACCGUUUAUGUUACAUUAGUAAUGCAUACACGCACAGGAAAGGAUUGCUCUUUUUCAUAUGAAGGUUUACUUAGGUUUGCCUGAUGCAUUCCACUAUGUGUGAUGAACCUCUGAGACCUGGGGUGCAUUUCUGGAAACCGUAGUUGUUAGCCGUUAGCAAUUUCGGUAGUUGCCAAUGGGAAACUGCAUUGCAACCAACAAAGUAGCUAACUUAGCUAGCAACUACGCUUUCCAGAAAUGCACCCCUGUCUUGUUGCGAAUUGUAAAAUUGAUUCAUCAGUACUUAACCAUGUGCCUUCAGUCCAUCCAAAGACAUAUUAUGUGUAUCUCGUUUUUGGAGAUGGGAGAAAAAAAAAUGAAAAUGUUUUUUUUCAGCCAGUGGAAAAAAAAAUCUUUUGGGAGAAAAGUGAUGUGAUUGUAUUGAUCUCCGACUGCAAGUCCUCUUCUGUGUCUACCCUCCUGAACUAGUGCACUUUUUUUACUCUUCUGUUUUACUACCGGUAGGGUGAAGUAUUUCCACUUUGGGGACCUGGUUGCCUUAUUGCCUUUGUAUUAAAAAGAAAUAAACUUGAUGCAAAUC